UAUCUAAAAGGCAUUUGCGUGUCACCAAGGAACGAACGUUUUAAGUCGUUAUUGGUUAAAGCUAGAGUUGUUUUUUUACACAUAGCAACGGGUAUUUGUUUACGUAACAGAUUGUAUAGGCCUUCAGUUUGGAAAAUAGUAACCAAUUCGGUUGAACAGACUCAGAAAUGUCAGUGAAAGCUUUACCAAUAAUGUUUAUAAAUCUAGGGGGAGAAAUGAUGUAUGUUCUUUUUCAAAGACUUAGAGCUCAGAACAUUCCUUCAGAUAAGGCCGUGAAAGUGAUCAAUGACAUAGUUGGUACAAUGUUUGAUUUGAAAUUUGUGGAAGAACUCUUCAAAUCUCAAGAAUUGUACUCUAAGAAGGCAUUAAGGUCAGUAUUUGAGAAACUAGCCCAUGCUUCCAUCAUGAGACUGAAUACAGCCAGUAUGGAUAAGCUCUAUGACCUAAUGACAAUGGUGUUUAAGUACCAAGUGUGCUUGUGCUCUUGUUCAACUGACUUACUGAUGAUAACUUUGAAUCACCUUGAUGGAAUCCGUGCUUUUGUGUCAGAAAGUAGUGCAGUUUUUAGCCAAAUUGAUAAUGUCUAUUUUCUGUUAUUAAAGACUUAUAAGAAAAUGGAAAGUGGAGAAUUCCAGUUUCUGAGAUACACACUAUUAAAUUUUUUUCAGGAUUUACAAAUCAGGGUAUCAGCAUUUUUAAAAGAUGGUACUCAGACCUCCGGUGGACGCUUUGUUUUACCAACUUAUGGCCCAGUUUCAAGGGGAGCAGAGGUUCCUGGCACCAUUAGGGAAUAUGGUCCAAAUGGAAACUUGCUUUCAGAAAUAGGCUUUCUUUGUGACUGUGAUUAUACACCAGCAUUGGCACCAGGUUCAUUAGAGCUUGGAGAAAACCAUGGAACUUCUUUAGGAACAAGCAUAUACAUAAAUCAUGGCAGUGAACAAACAUCAGUGCUACCACCCACGAGAUCAUCUUCAUCUUCCCAGUCACAUGAACAAAAGGAACCAGAACCAACAAAUCAAGAUGUUGAAAAAGAGUUGUCGCUGCUUGCUUGUUUGAUUGGCCAAGCCAAGCCAAAGGAUGCACUUCCAGCACAACAGUUUACUUUGAACUUUUUUGGAUCUGUAGAAGAGAACACUGAGAAUUUCCAAGGAAUAGAACAAGAUGGACAACUUGUGGUUAAUAUAGACAUCAGUAAGAGGGAUAAAAGAGAUGAACUGAAUCAAAUACUGGCAGACUUAACAAUGAAUAAUACUGACACCGAUGGAAAUCAACCUGAUGAUUUACUGGACCUCAUGGACCAUGUUUCCUAAAGUUCAAGGCUGAAGUACAACUCUUCAAGAUUCUGGUCAAGCUGUUCACCAACAUUGGCACUUUGAAGCUGAAGCCACCACCAAGUGAUAAUUAUUGCUAUCAUAGAGAUAAGCCACAUUUUACAUAAAUAAAUAAAUGUAGAAAAUUUAUGGAUUUAAAUAUUAAGGUGUUUGUAGUUAUACCAAAACUUCUAAAAUAAUGAAUUAAUCUAGCCCUUUUGAGCAAACAUCAGCACUGCAAAUGGCAACAUCAUGAUCCACGAAGCUGUCCUUUUUUUACCAUGACUAAGAAAUGUUUUCAUGUUCACAAUGAAGAUUUUAUAUACAAAACUUCUGUAUGUAUAAUUUUGUUAUUGUUUUUCAAUAGUAAUACAGAGCCUUACAAGCUUUUGGAAUUGUUUAAAAGUGUGUACUUAGGUAUUUUUUCAUAAAUAACAUUAUGUUUUAUACUACAUAAAAAAACCUAUCUUUUUUGAGUUUGCAACAUUGAACACAAAUGUUUAAAGCUAGGAAAAUUAUCAUUGAUUCUCUGGCAUCUAUAAUGUAUGCAACAAAGAUAGAGGAAUGAUAAUGUGGAUACAUAUUUUAAGUUGAUCUUAAUGAUAUUGCAGUGUUUCACCAAGAGCUAAGUUAUUUCCAAUAUCAUAUUCAAGCAUGUAACAAAGGACAGAAUAACUAUUAAUCACAUUAUUAAUGGUACAUGAGAAUUGUUAAAUGGCAAGUCUUGGUAAUUCUUAGGAUCAAGGAAAUGUAUAUAGUGCUCUUUGUUUAUAGGAGUUUUAAAAGUGUAUUUAUCAUUAUGGGUUUCAAAUAAAACUGUAAGCUAAACACAAAAAUUCAAACUUAUAAUUUUAUAUUUUUGUUUUUGCAGGACAGUUUGCAAGACAAUAAAAUAUAAAUUAUUCCUCAAUACCUACAAACCAAAAAACAUACACAAGUUAAAAAUUAUGUAUUCACUUCCAAUCAGAUCAAACUAUGUACUUAAAGUGAAAUUAAAAAUUAAUUUAGCACUCAGUAUAACUAAAUAUAUGAAAAAAAACAUGCACAUCAUUUCCUCUGAAAAUGUAACUUUUCUUCUUUUUGUGAGUUAUGCACGAUCCUAUUUAUUGUGAACAUUGAACAUUUAUAUGAUUACAUUAAUUUCCAGUAUUAUCUUGUUAUUGCAAAAAUAUUUCUAAAGAAUUUGCAUUUUUUGUAUGAUUUUUACUUACUAAAAGUAAAACUUUAUAAACUAAGUUAAUGAUGUAGUAACUAGUAUAUUUACCAGUUUAAUUCAUUGAGUUUUACCUCCAGUUUUAAAAAUAUAAUACUACAUCUUAGUCUAAUCUAGUUCAUCUUGUUUUACAACUUGACAUAUGUAAAUUGUUAUUAAAAGAACGUUUGAAACAAAAGGUGCUUAUAUCUGUCAAAGAAGCUUGUGCACAAUAAGGUUUUUAAUUUUGGAAUUCAUAUUUAAUUUAACAGGAUAUACUUUCUGGAAAAGUUAAACAGUACUCAAAUAGAUGUUGAAUUUACUUGUUGCAGUUAGCAGUCCAGUACCUACCAUAUAACAGUUGAUGUAAUGUUGGAAAUCUCACUUUUACAUAUUAAGAUACAACAAAAUAUUUAUUGUACACAUUCUACAAAGGUACACUGAUAUUGUGACUUAAUUAAUGAAGUUUUAGUGGGAAAGAGUACUUUCUUAAGAACCCUUUUUUACAUUGCUUCCUUUGUAAGCAAACUAAAUAUUGUACCCAAAUUGCAUUCUGUUACAUCAAUGAAAAUAUAAAAUGAAGAGUCAAGUA